AUGGCGGGGGCUUCAGGGAAGGCGGCAGAGGUAGAAGAUGACGCGAUACUGGAAGAGGUGAUGGAAAGGAGCUUCUUCGAGGAUGCGGCUCCGCUGGAGAGGUUUCCAAAGAGAAUAGUUGGCUUCUCUGAUACGGUACUCUGCAAGGGUUUGAACAACAGGUACUGUGUUUUACGAGUACAGGAAAACGGGGAUCUCGAGAAACGGCUGACCAUUGCAGCGUCUGCUCCACUUGAUGAUUCAGAGACAGAGCUAUGUAUCCUAAGAGAUGGCUGGACUGCUGUUCCAGUGCAACCUGGAGAUAUUGUUCAUCUAGAAGGAGAGUGUAACUUUGGAAUCUGGAUAAUAGAUGCAAAUGUAGGAUACUUAAUUCUCUAUCCAGAUGUACUGAUUUCGGGCACUACUGUAUCAAAUAGCAUUCGUUGUAUGAGGAAAGCUAUACUGAGUGAAAAGUUCAGGAGGUGUGAGUCGCCUUCACGUCAAAUGCUAAUAGGUACAAUCCUGCAUGAAAUUUUCCAGAAAGCAGGAAAAAAUUUCACCCGAGAGAAGCUACAGGAAAUCACCACCUUAAUUGUUCAUGGACCAAAAUAUCUAAAAGAGAUGUACCAGUUAAAUUUGAAACAAAGUGAUAUCAUGCAAGAGAUAGAGAAAUACCUUCCCUCAUUUAUUAAAUGGGCAGAAGAAUUCAUGUACAACUACCACCAGCCUAAUCAGCAUAACAUUCAGCUAAAACUGCCAAGAGACAACAAAGAAGAUCGCUUUUGCAAUGUUAGAGUUACAGAAAUCCUUGACGUUGAAGAGAAUAUUUGGUGUCCCAGGUUUGGUUUAAAGGGCAAGAUUGAUGUUACAGCUGGUGUAACAAUUCAUCGCAGGUCUAGAACUGAAUCCAGGAUAAUGCCACUGGAGCUUAAAAGUGGCAAGGAAUCCAACUCCAUAGAGCACAGAAGUCAGGUAGUUUUGUACUCACUGUUGUGCCAGGGAAGGCGAGUGGAUCCUGAGGGUGGAUUCCUCCUUUAUCUUAAAACUGGGAAUAUGUUUCCUGUACCUGGAAAUCGUAUGGACAGAAGAGAACUAAUUAAACUAAGAAACCAGUUAGCCUUCUAUUUGCUUCAUAGCACGUGUAAAUCUGACAUGGGAAAAGAGGAAACACAGCUUGUGCCUUUGCCUCCAAUGAUUAAUGACAGCCAGGCAUGUAGUUAUUGUUCCCAGAAACAGAACUGUACACUCUAUAGCAGAGCUAUACAGCUGCAGUUAAGCCACUUGAUUCCUCCUGAUAUGGUUGCUGCUAUUGAGAAAGAGACCCACCAUUUGAAGCCCGUGCACUUGGAGUACUUCCGCCUCUGGUACAUGAUGCUAACUUUGGAGAGUCAAUGCAAAGAUGAAAGAAAGGGGUGUAGAAACAUAUGGAUGAUGACUGCUGCAGAAAGAGAGAAACAUGGCGAUUGCAUUGGAAAUAUGAGAAGAAUUGGAAGUGUACAAGAAGUGUAUGAUGGACAAUAUCUACACUGGUUCCAGCGUGAAAAUGAUUCUGCGCCUCUGACAACCCUGAUGGUAGGAGACAGGGUUGUUGUGAGUGGUGAAGACAGCAAUUUACUUGGUUUGUCUACUGGCUACGUUCAAGAGAUCAGCAGAACCAAAAUCUCCUGUUUAUUGGAUAGAAACUUGUCAAAUCUUGCCAAGGACAUUAUAUUUAGAUUAGACCAUGAAGAGGGAGUUUUUGGCACCGAUACCCCCUUAGGAAACCUUUCAAAAUUAAUGGAAAAUUCUGCUGUCAGUGAAAAGCUUCGUAAUUUAAUAAUAGAGUUUCACAAACCGCAGUUCAUCCAGCACUUAAGUGCUGUCCUUCCUUCAGAAGCAAAGGAGACAGUUGCAAACAUUCUGAAAGGUCUGAAUAAACCUCAGAAGCAAGCAAUGAAACAAGUGCUGCUUUCGAAGGAUUACACACUCAUAGUUGGGAUGCCUGGGACAGGGAAGACCACGACAAUAUGUGCGCUGGUCCGGAUUCUUUAUGCUUGCGGUUUCAGCGUUCUCUUAACCAGCUUUACUCACAGUGCAGUCGACAAUAUCCUACUAAAGCUUGCCAAGUUCAAAGUAGGCUUUUUGCGGCUAGGGAGAGCUCAGAAAGUUCAUCCAGACAUACGGAAGUUUACGGAAGAAGAAAUCUGUAGAUCUAAAUCCAUUAAAACUGUAGCCCAGUUGGAGGAGCUUUAUGGUAGUCAACCGAUAGUUGCAACAACAUGCAUGGGAAUAAACCAUCCAAUUUUUACUCGUAAGCAGUUUGACUUUUGCAUAGUGGAUGAAGCUUCGCAGAUUAGCCAGCCAGUCUGCCUGGGUCCGCUCUUCUGUUCACAUAGAUUUGUGUUGGUGGGGGACCACCAGCAACUGCCUCCACUUGUGCAGAACGCAGAAGCAAGGGCUCUUGGCAUGAGUGAAAGCUUAUUCAAGAGACUGGAGCAAAACAAGAAUGCUGUAGUGCAGCUGAACGUACAGUACCGAAUGAACAGUAAAAUUAUGUCACUGAGUAACAAGCUGACGUAUGACGGCAAACUGGAAUGUGGCUCUGAGAGGGUGUCCAAAGCUAUAGCUGAUUUACCAAAUUUAAAAGAGCUGAAAUUGGAGCAGGAGUACUCCUCAGAAACAUGGCUUAAGGAAACACUGGAUCCAAACAACCCUGUUUGUUUUCUUAACACAGAGAAGGUUCCAGCACCAGAGUACUCAGAAAAAGGUGGUGUAAGUAAUGUGACAGAAGCCAGAUUGGUCCUCUUUCUGACGUCUAUGUUUAUCAAGGCAGGCUGCAAGCCAUCAGAUAUUGGGGUCAUAUCUCCAUACAGACAUCAGCUAAAGAUAAUCUCAGACCUAAUGAAAAGUUCAUACAUUGAUAAGGUUGAAGUAAAUACUGUGGACAAGUACCAAGGAAGAGAUAAAAGUAUCAUAAUAGUCUCGUUUGUAAGGAAUAACAGUGAUGGAAAUGCAGGAGAACUUCUGAAGGACUGGAGACGUCUUAAUGUUGCUAUUACAAGAGCCAAACACAAAUUAAUCAUGCUGGGUUGUGCGCCUUCCCUGUGCCACUAUCCUCCUUUAAAGAAGUUACUUUGCCAUUUGAAGACGGAAGCUAUGAUUUUCAGUCUUCCAUUAGGAGCACAUGAAUAUGCCUUUCAAUGCAACCUUCUAUGAUACGAGAUUAGGACCCCAAGAAGGACUUUUUUUCCUCUGCUGCUGAAAUUUUCGAUUACUCUGGAAGCUGGAAGGCACCAUGUUGUCAACUACAUUUCAUUUUAGUAUGGCUUUUUUUGUAAACACUAGAAACUCCCUUUAUAGCACUUACAAAGUUGUUUAUUUUUAACAGUUGGGUUUUGAUUAUCAUGUUGGCACUGAAAUCUGUGUAUCUUUGACUAUUUAAAUAGCUGCUUUUAUUGCUUUCUGAUGAAUAGUUAAUGUGACAUGAACCAGCUAAAACUAAGCCUUCUACUUUCUCAUUGAUGGAGAAAGGGGAGGAACAGCUGUGUAUUCAAUUUUCCCACUAACAUGAAUGGGAAAUCAAGUGCCUUAAUUUUGACUGAUUGUGUUUUCUACAUGUGAAAAAUUCAUCUUAGAUGUGAAUUUCAAGUUGUGGUUUGUAUCACUUAUUCUUACUGAGUGUUAACAAAUUUAGGAUUACUGGGUUGGAUCCAAAGAUCUGCUAAUGCUAGGAUCACAGUUAUUCUGUUUUCCCUUCUCCACUGCAGCAGCCAGUUUCAACCCUGGGAAAGUAGAUUCCUGGUGUUACGAGACCUGAAUAGAGCAAUAGUCAGACAGAUUGGUGGACUGCACAGAGAAGGAAGAGAUGGAUAAAAUCUUCUGUCAGGAAGGGUGAUUUUGCCCCCUCCUCUCAGCAGCCCACCCACCUACAUACUUAUUCUACAUGACCCCCCCCCCCCAAACCCUAGGAAUUUACUUUCUCAGUUAGAAAGUGGGGAAGAUCAUGGCUGCCAGUGCUUUCUAAUGAUCGGUUGGUGGAUCCAACCCAUUACAACUUCUGAAAAAGGUUAAGUAACUGUUAAAAUCUGAUACAAAUGUCAUUUUCUAAGAGGGGUUUCUUGCCCGUGUGCCUUUUACCACAAAGACUUUUCAGAUUUUGUUUUUCUUGAUUCAGAGCUUUUGGGGGAGGAGAAGUUAUUAGUUCUAUUAAUUAAAAACAAACCCUAGAAUCAACAUUGCAGCCUGAUUGUUCCUCUUCUGAAUUAAUUGCUUCUCCCAAUUUGAAAUGUUUAUAGACUAGUGACUAGAUUUUAGUAAGAAAGAGCUUCUGAGUAUUAUUUUUUUACUGUUGAAAUGCCAGACUUCUUGUAAUUGUUGGACAAGACAGAACAGCAAAUUCUAAAUGUAUUAUAUAUCCCAGUACCUUCUUGAUUUUUAAAGCAGAGUACGGAUCCACUUCACUGUGUUGCAUAAAUACCUCUUACGCAGAUUCUCUGGAAAACUACCUCAUACCUGCUAUGUUUAAUUUGGAAAUAUGUUGGUACUGUUCACCAUGUUUGUUCAUAUUUCUUUACUUCAUAAUUUUUUUAACCUCUGUUGAGCUUUGAAAUUAUCACUACUUUUUAUAUUGGAAUAAACUUUGAUAUUUACUUGCA